GUGAGGGGGCGGCGGAAAAAGCUGCAGCGGGAACCAGCCCAGCCGCCGGGAAAGACCUUGCUGCAAUGAACCCCCACGCCCCAAGGCUCCGUCCGUAACAGACGUCCAGUCAAGUCUCCGUUGCCUGCUUCCUGCGACAGUGAUAUGGAGUAAACCUCCUCACCAGGUCGUUGAUCUGUGUGCCCCUACUCACCAGCUCACACACCUACUAGCCCUCCUUCAUACGCCCCAGUGCACCCCCCCUGCCCUUCACCGACCCAGCCCAACAUGACGGGGUCCACAGCCAACACCCACCACUGCCCCCAUCCCAAGGGAGCCAAAGGGGCCCGUUCAAGGAGUACCCACGCACGCCCCGUGUGCCUAGCCAGCAACGGAGGUUCAGAGGAGGAGGACAAAGACGGCGGAGUGCUCUUCCAUGUCAACAAGAGCGGCUUCCCCAUUGACAACCACACUUGGGAGCGCAUGUGGUUGCACGUGACAAAGGUGCACCCGGCAGGCCCUGAGAUGGUGGAGGCCAUCAGGAACGCCGCCUUCCUGGCCAAACCUUCAGUACCACCAGUCCCAAACUACAAGGUGUCUAUGGCAAUCCCGGACUGGCUGCAGGCAAUCCAGAAUUACAUGAAGAUGCUUCAAUACAAUCACACGGGAACCCAGUUCUUUGAAAUUAGGAAAACCAGACCUCUAAGUGGAUUAAUGGAAACCGCAAAGGAGAUGACCCGGGAGUCCUUACCUAUCAAAUGCCUUGAAGCUGUCAUCCUGGGAAUAUACCUAACCAAUGGGCAGCCUUCGGUUGAGCGAUUCCCCAUCAGCUUUAAAACCCACUUCUCAGGGAACUACUUUCACCACGUGGUGCUCGGGAUCUACUGUAACGGUCGCUACGGCUCUCUGGGCAUGAGCAGAAGGUCCGACCUGAUGGACAAGCCCCUGACCUUUCGGACUUUGAGCGACCUCGUGUUCGACUUCGAAGACUCCUACAAGAAAUACCUGCACACGGUCAAAAAGGUCAAAAUCGGGCUGUAUGUCCCCCAUGAGCCGCACAGCUUUCAGCCCAUUGAGUGGAAGCAGCUGGUCCUCAACGUGGCCAAGAUGAUGAGGGCCGACAUCCGGAAGGAGCUAGAGAAAUACGCUCGGGAUCUGAGGAUGAAGCUUCUGAAACCUUGUAGUGCUCACUCGCCCAUCAGAGAGAGAAGUCGUGGCAAGUCGCUUUCCCCCCGGAGGAGGCCAGUGAGUCCCCCAAGGCGGACCGGCCGGCGAGACAAAUCGCCCGCGUUGUCAGACAAGAAGGGGCCGGAUCUCAGCACUCUGAAUGAAGUGGGCUACCAAAUCCGCAUUUAGCUCAGCUGUCCGGACCAGCAAGAGGGCUCCUGCGGUGCGUCUCUCUGCACUUUACCCAGCCAGCGGCAUCUCCGGCAGGCACUUCGACUGGUUAUUGUGAGCCUGUGGAUUUAUUUAAAGAUCCACCUAGAAAUAGAAACUGAGUUGGUGGGUGGGUACGUUCCCUUUUGUUCUCUGAGCAGGGAGACCGUAAAAUGUCAAGACAGGGAAAUCGAUCCCUCUCAAGGCUAGGCCAGGCCCCCCAGGAUGAGGGGAAGGGUUGGACCACUGGGGGAUUGGGGAGAGGAGGUUUUUCAUGAUCUACGUUUGUUUACCUCUUUCCUCUUGUUGGCUUGGGCCCUUGUGCAACAUGGGCAGACUUUGGAAAUGGGUGUAAACAUUCUUCUUCCCUUCCCUUUUGUUAGAAGAGUGCUGGAACACAGUAAGUUUGACUCCAGUUCAGUGUUAAUGUCCCAUUCAGCAAUAAAAGUAGCCGAGGCAGGGGUUUUUUUUUACAGUCAAUAUUACCUCAGAAUUCUCUUAAACAGAUAUGCAUACUCGGCUGUAUUUUGUGUUUUUUGUAACCGACUUGUACUGCUUUCCCAGAGUUUGGGUAGGGAUCUUUUCCCUCUAGCUUCUCUGUCUCUGGACCAUUUUAAGAUUAUUAUUAUAAUUUUUUUGAAUAUGUGAGUGUUUUCUUAAAAGCACUGAUGCCCUCCUGGGACAUCAUUUUCAGGGUGGGCUUUUUUUCCUUACUUAAAGAUGCUGACUGAUAUGGGGUAAGACAUUUUUAACACUUUUAACACUUCUAGCAAGUUUUUCUACUUUACGCCGCAAAUUUUUGAACUGCAGGCUUCCUUUGAAAGCACAAGAGUCCAAGAGGGCUGUAAAGUUGCGUCAGCAUUGUUGGGAUUGCAGCUACAACCACUUGUGAUGUCUGGAACCACAAAGAAAAGCCACAGUCAACUGAGUUGGCUUGGAGAACUCUAUCUCCAUAUGUGAUCUAUUUUGGCACCUGGAACCAGGCAUCCCAGAGAUGGGGAUGUAUCUGUCAUCUCCAGGUGAUAGAUACACUGCUGCUGCUGGUGGGGAUGAUAUUUUUUGAUGUCUUAUAUUAAGACCAGACAUGAAAUACAUAAUGUGAACUUUCUGCUCUCCUACUUCCAGAAGCCACUCCAUGGGUUCUUAGGGACUUGACAGAAUGCAUUUUGGAAUCAGGAUCCAGUGACCCUAUGGAGUUCAGUAAGAAAAAUCAUCAGGUCUUUUGUAUGCUAACUCCCGCCACCCCCUCCACACACCAGCUUUCCCGGCCUUUUUAUCUCUGGAUCUCAGAGAACAUAUCAACUUGAGCUUUUGGGCCUUAACUUGGGGAGUUAUAGUGGGUAUGGCUAAUGAAGUCUUGGGCUGAGGGCAUGUAGAUAAAGUGCUAAUCUUUAAUAUCUGUGUUGGGGUACUUGUCCGUUUGCUCCCUCAAUGGAGGUAUUAACUGAGCACAGAAGCUGUGCUAUCAAGGAGGUGGUUUACUCAAGACGUUGAACCAUUGCAGGCUGAGAGCCUGCUCUCCCAUUUCCUCUUUGUUCACACAGAUAGAGGGGUCUGCAUCUGAUAGAACGGACACCUGCCAGAGAGACUCUCCUUGUAGAAAAGCUCUGGUAUGGCUUUAUCAGCCAGAAUUUGAAGGGGGAGAUGGAGGAGAUAGCUGAGUCUUUAGAAUGAAUGAAAUUUACUGUAUGGUUAUAAAAGAUGGGUGGGGGAAAACAUUCUUAGUUCCUGUCAGACAAUUUUACAGUAAUUUUUAAUCUCCAUCCGUUCAAAGGCAAGCAAGCAGAUAAUCUAUUGACCGAUAGAAUCAAUAGCCAGGAAGGGAGAUGAGAGGAGUGAACAAUGGAUCUAGUAAAUAACAUUUUUGAAAUUGACAGUGUUGAAUUACUGAAUGAAAUUAAACCUUUCUUCCUCAUUCUCCCCCGGCCCCAAUUUUGAGAAUCCCUUCCAAAAGCAAGUGAAAAACUGACAUAGAAUGUGUUCAGAAGCAAUUUUCCUAGGUCAGGAUUUUUUGAUUUCCUAUUACCUUUUGUUCCUUCCUGCGGAAGAAGACUGACAAUGGGCUAAAACCUAUUCUGAGGAUUUCCUUUUCAACAUUGAGAGAAGCCUGGUGAAAAGCCUGUCUCAAUAGCAUAUCACCAUAGUCCUGUUCCUAGCCAUAUGUUAGAGCUUCUUUUAUUCACCCAUUUAUAUUUUAAAGUAUUAUAUUGGCCAGGAUACUUGAAAAAUUAUGCUUUGCUCUAUUAUAACCAAUCAACUUCUGCUUACAGUAUAAAAAUGCUUUAUAACCCUGUGAAACACAAUCACCUUGGAGAAAACUUUUCAACUUUAAACCAAUGUCAUGGAAAUUCAUGCAAAGUUUUAAUGGGUCAGAAACUAAUUUUCACUAUACUCCUGUGCUGUUUUGAGUACAGUUGAUUUUGGGAAAAUAUUUAAUUCUUACAGAUCAUGAAUAUUUUACUUUUUUAAAUCAGUUAUUUAAUAAGGACUUUGAUAGGUAUUAUCGGUAACUUGAGCCUUUUUUUAAUUUUAUCCAGAUUUUAACCUGAAACCUUUUUAAACUG